AUGCAGCCCGGCUCCGAAUUAGCUCGCUUCGGGCUGCUGUGCUGCUGCCUCUUGGUACCGGUGCAGAGUUGUGGCCCCGGCCGGGGUUACGGCAGGAGGAGACCGUCCCGUAAGCUCACCCCUUUGCUCUACAAGCAGUUCAUCCCCAAUGUGGCUGAGAAGACCCUGGGGGCGAGCGGCAGGUCGGAGGGCAAGAUCAGCCGCACCUCCGAGAAAUUCAAGGAGCUGACUCCCAACUACAACCCUGACAUCAUCUUCAAAGACGAGGAGGACACAGGAGCUGACCGCCUCAUGACCCAGCGCUGUAAGGAUAAAGUGAAUUCACUUGCAAUCUCUGUGAUGAACCAGUGGCCAGGAGUGAAGCUCCGAGUAACAGAGGGCUGGGAUGAAGAUGGACAUCAUUCAAAGGAGUCCUUGCAUUAUGAGGGCCGAGCAGUAGACAUCACUACCUCUGAUAGGGAUCGCACCAAGUAUGGCAUGCUGGCCCGUUUGGCUGUUGAAGCUGGAUUUGACUGGGUUUAUUAUGAGUCAAAAGCUCACAUUCAUUGUUCAGUGAAAUCAGGUAAGAGCACUCUGGAACUGCAACCUGCUCCAAAAGAGGCUGAAGAUCAAGAAAACACUGAAAAUUUAGGCACAUCAUCUAUUGAUUUCACAGUUGCACCCAUCAACUCAGAUACUGAUACUGCAUUUAAUUCAGGGUCUGGGAUAGAGGCUCUGCAUGUGGCUAUGUGCAUCAUCAGCAAAUUCAGUGCAGAGAUUCCCUUCCCACGUAGGUCAGGUGAUGAGUUUGAGGAACUUGCACCUAAUGAAACACAAAGCACUCGUAAGCAGAUAGUGGUUGCAAGAACACUAAAGAUGAAUCAGCACCGAGAUGCUGUUAUGCUCAGGCACUGGCAGCUGGUUGGAUGUUGA